AUGAAUGGAGUGAAAACUACUGAGCUGUCUGUCCACAGUAAGGAGAACAGGCAAAAUCCUGGACACCUAAAGACUAAAGAGGACAAUGAGGACCCCCAAGACAAGAAGGACCUCAGCAACCACACAACCAGGAAACAGCCCUCAACCAAUGUGAGCAAGAAGGGGACGGUGGUGGGAACAGGACCCGGGGACGGUGGUGGGAACAGGACCCGGGGACGGUGGUGGGAACAGGACCCGGGGACGGUGGUGGGAACAGGACCCGGGGACGGUGGUGGGAACAGGACCCGGGGGCGGUGGUGGAAACAGGACCCAGGGGCGGUGGUGGAAACAGGACCCAGGGGCGGUGGUGGAAACAGGACCCAGGGGCGGUGGUGGGAACAGGACCCUGGGACGGUGGUGGGAACAGGACCCAGGGGACGGUGGUGGGAACAGGACCCGGGGACGGUGGUGGGAACAGGACCCGGGGGCGGUGGUGGGAACAGGACCCAGGGGACGGUGGUGGGAACAGGACCCGGGGACGGUGGUGGGAACAGGACCCAGGGGACGGUGGUGGGAACAGGAUCCGGGGACGGUGGUGGGAACAGGACCCAGGGGACGGUGGUGGGAACAGGACCCGGGGACGGUGGUGGGAACAGGACCCGGGGACGGUGGUGGGAACAGGACCCAGGGGACGGUGGUGGGAACAGGACCCGGGGACGGUGGUGGGAACAGGACCCGGGGACGGUGGUGGGAACAGGACCCGGGGACGGUGGUGGGAACAGGACCCGGGGACGGUGGUGGGAACAGGACCCAGGGGACGGUGGUGGGAACAGGACCCAGGGGACGGUGGUGGGAACAGGACCCGGGGACGGUGGUGGGAACAGGACCCGGGGGCGGUGGUGGGAACAGGACCCGGGGGCGGUGGUGGGAACAGGACCCGGGGGCGGUGGUGGGAACAGGACCCGGGGGCGGUGGUGGGAACAGGACCCGGGGGCGGUGGUGGGAACAGGACCCGGGGGCGGUGGUGGGAACAGGACCCGGGGGCGGUGGUGGGAACAGGACCCAGGGGACGGUGGUGGGAACAGGACCCGGGGACGGUGGUGGGAACAGGACCCAGGGGACGGUGGUGGGAACAGGACCCGGGGACGGUGGUGGGAACAGGACCCAGGGACGGUGGUGGGAACAGGACCCAGGGGACGGUGGUGGGAACAGGACCCGGGGACGGUGGUGGGAACAGGACCCGGGGACGGUGGUGGGAACAGGACCCGGGGACGGUGGUGGGAACAGGACCCAGGGACGGUGGUGGGAACAGUUUACAUGAGACAUUUACCUUUAGGUCCUAAAGCAAAGCCUCUGGGAGUGUAA